GACAAUACAAAAAUCAUAGAGGUCGGUAGUGUAGGCAAGGUGGCGGCGGUCUGCAAACGAUCAGCAUGGUUCUAAAGAUCGGCCGCUUGCUGCUGGGCUCGAAGCAAGGUAGACAUGCGCGCUUGUGCGCAAAGUGUUUCGCUACUCAAGUCGCUGUCGCUCCUGAAAAGAGUUUGCCGCACUUCAGGACUUCGGAGUCCGAUCCCACAAACCACACCGUCGAUCACGAAGCGAAAUUCUACACCGUCCCGGAACAUGUACAGAAAUCGCUUUUCGAGGUGUACAAGGUGCCCAAGAAGUUUCAAACGCUGAAUGAAAUGUUUGGAGAGAUGUCCAUCAUGGUGCGGCAGCCAUACCUUGAAGUGAAGUCGUACAUUGAGUCGUACGACUAUUCACUGCCAGCCCUGAGGAUCAUGCUUUAUGGUCAAAUGGGCUGUGGGAAAGCAAUCACACAAGCCCAUUUGUUGCAUUACGCACUGGCAAACAAUUGGAUUGUUGUCCCCAAAGAGUGGGCUGCCCAUUGGGUAAAACGGCCAAAGGACCAUGCCCAGAAUGCAAACGAUGAAACGCUGAUUGACUCCCCCAUUGACGCAGCAGUCUGGCUACAGCAGUUUCGUGUCCUCAAUGCCACACUUCUGAAAGAGCUCAACCUGAGCACCACGCAGACCUACAACUGGUCUGAACGUGAAGCUACGCAGAAGGGAGAGCCACUGACAAAUAUAGUGGAGCAUGGAGUUGAACGCAUGAAGCACGCGUGCAGCUGUAUGGGAGCUCUCCUGCAAGAGAUCAAGAUGCACACAGACUCUGGGAGGAUGAAAACCAUGGUCAUUGUCAAAGGCGUCAACAGCUUCUGGCAGGACACUUACAUCCGCCGGCUUGAUAGAUCUUAUAUUCCAGCAAAGGACCUCAUAAUAGUCAGGGCUUUCAAGGAAAUUCUCAAGAACGACUGGAGGAAUGCAGCCAUAGUCGUGAGCGUAGAUCAGGCUGCCCUGUCCUUGAAGCACCUUGGAUUCACACAUGAGAAUGUACCCUGCUACUAUCCAAAAUAUCUUCUGGGCCUUGAGGGAUUCGAGUUCUUUGAACCGUUCAUACCAGUUCAUGUGCCAAAAUACAGUGAAAAGGAAAUCGACAGCUGCCUUGAUUACUACCUCGAUCGGGGUUACAUUCAGAACCCAAAUGGUUGGACAGAUGAAGGAAAAGCCGAGCUGAAAUUCUUGAGUGGUUACAAUCCCCGAGAACUUUGCAAAGUUUGUCGCUGGCGGUGACUGUGCCACGUCACGUAAACUAGGCAGAGUCAACAUAAGUAAGCUUCUAGCAAUGAAUGAACGGAACAUGUGGAGUUAAUUGAAUGUAAAAUAAAGUACUAAUAAUAUCAGCA